GUACGUGGGCACGUACGUAUGUGGGUAGACGGGUCAUGUCCUCGAGAUGGCCGACAAAUGCAGCCGUCCAUCGUAUUGGCUCAUUGCGUGCAUAAAGAAAAUCUAGCCUCAAAUUAUAUGGAUCUCUGUGGAAUACGCAGAAUUGCCUGUAUGGCAGCACCUGUGCAAUCUGCACUCAACUGAUUUCGCUGAGAAUGUAGGGCAAGUGGUACAUUACUGCGCAUGCGCAGUUGCCUCUUUCCGUCCGUGCUGCUCGAGGGGCACUCGGUUAAAGGUGAACAGCGGUAAAAGUAAACAAUCAUCUAAACUCUGGCCAAAAGUGUUAGUUUUGUCUUGCAAGGAGCCUGUGUCAACUUACAGCCUGAAGUGGGAAUCACGGACUUCAGGAGAGUGUGUUUUCCAGGCAGGAUAAUUUAAAAAAUGUCUAAGCCGUUGCCAGAGCCAGAGUUUGAGAGGACCUUCCAACAUCAAAGCAGCCUACCGCCUCUGCCUGUUCCCACACUAGAGGGCACCCUCUCCAAGUACCUGGAUGCAGUGCGGCCAUUUGCAUCUGACCAGGAGUUUAAAGCUACGGUGGAUAUUGUACGGACAUUUCAAGCGGGAAUUGGCAAAGAACUUCACAGCAAACUACUCCAGAGAGCCAAGACUACGAGGAAUUGGCUGGAAGAAUGGUGGUUAGACACUGCGUACCUGGAGGUGCGCAUCCCCUCCCAGCUCCACGUAAACUUCGGCGGCCCGGCUCCUUAUUUGGAGCACUGCUGGCCUCCCACAGAAGGAACUCAACUGGACAGGGCAAGCAUCAACGUUUGGCACACUCUGCAGUACUGGAAUCUCAUUUACAAAGAAAAGAUGGCCCCUCAGAGAGCUGGUAAAAUGAUGUUGGAUAUGGAUCAGUUCAGAAUGCUCUUCUGUACUUGUAAAGUACCUGGAAUUGAAAAAGACACCAUUUACAACUAUUUCAAGACAGAACGAGAGGGCCAUUGCCCAACGCACCUGGUUGUGAUGUGCCGUGGACGGAUUUUCACUUUUGAUGCGCUUUGCGACGGACAAAUUCUUACACCACCAGAGCUCCUCAGGCAGCUGAGCUACGUGCAAGAGCGUUGCAUGGGCCAGCCAGAAGGCCAUGGAGUUGCUGCUCUUACCACUGAUGAAAGGACUCGAUGGGCAAAGGCCAGGGAGUAUCUCAUUAGCAUUGACCCCCACAAUGAAACCAUCCUGGAGACUAUCCAGAGCAGCCUCUUCAUAGUAUCUCUAGACGAUGCCAAACCAUAUUCUUCUGCUGAGAACUACACAAAUAUUGCUGUGGAAGCGCUCAAAGGAGACCCCACUAUUCGCUGGGGAGACAAAUCUUACAACUCGCUUGUGUUCUCCGACGGUACUUUUGGAUCCAAUUGUGACCAUUCACCAUAUGACGCUAUGGUCAUGGUCUCCAUGUGCUGGUAUGUUGACCAGCAACUCAAAGCUACGGGGGGAAAGUGGAAGGGCUCGGACAGUGUGCGACCAAUGGCUUUACCUGAAGAGCUCAUUUUUAGUGUGGACCAAAAGGUCCUGAGUGAUAUUAACCACGCCAAACGGCAAUAUCUAGACAAGGCGCAAGACCUCCAGAUUGUGUGUCACGCCUUCACUGGGUUUGGAAAAUCUGCCAUCAAAAAGAAGAAUCUACACCCUGACACAUUUGUUCAGUUGGCAAUGCAGCUGAGCUACUACCGCAUGCACAAAAGAGCAGGGAGUUGCUACGAAACGGCAAUGACUCGGAGGUUCUACCACGGUAGGACAGAGACGAUGCGGUCUUGUACUAGUGAAGCGCUCACCUGGUGUAAAGCAAUGGUGGACCCCACAUGCGAGAUUCACGAUAAAAGGAAAGCCUUGCUGCAAGCCUUCAACAAACACAAUAAGCUGAUGGCAGAAUGCCAAGAGGGCAAAGGUUUUGACAGGCAUCUUUUUGGACUUUACCUUAUCGCCAAAGAGGCAGGAUAUCAAACUCCUGCGCUCUACGCAGAUCCCCUCUACACAAAGAGUGGGGGUGGCGGGAAUUUUGUGCUGUCAUCCAGUUGCGUGGGCUACACUUCAGUCCUCGGCGCCGUCGCGCCUAUGGUUCAUCACGGCUAUGGCUUUUUCUACCGCAUCAAUGAGGACAGGAUUGUGAUCUCGAUCUCAUCUUGGAAAUCUUGCCGUGAGACAGACUCUGCAACAUUGUUCAACCGUUUCUCCAACUCAAUGCAUGAGAUAUUUCACCUGGCGACCACUUCUCAGCUUUAAAUAUUCAAGAAACAGAGAAGCUCUGUAGAGGAGGAUCUGUUGUGACGUCAUUGUUUACAUUUCUCGCGUUGCAUCAUGAAGGGUUUGGAAAGAAUCGCUGCAUUUUACAUGCUGUUAGAUUAUUUUGCAGGUUUAGAGAAGGAUAUAGAAAGGCAAAUGUUUCACUAUUGCUAUAUGGUCGAUUGCACUUGUACGAUUAUAAGAUUGUUGGGGGCCGGAUAAAACGUUUUUUUGAAUUUCCACCGAAAGGUAAAGCAAAAAAAAACCCGAAAGAAAUAGUUGCGGGCGAUCAGGAGAUUAAACCAGGUGUUCAGUUGGAUUAACAUACCUGCACUUUUCCACACAUUAAAUACUUCUCAAAGCUCUUUAUGAUACUCAUACUUGUUAAUUUAUAGAUGUACAGUAGUUGUGGAAUGACCACAUUUAGCGUACACAGAAUUGCUUUUUAUAAAGCUGUGUGGCCGCCACCUUUUACGUAUUGAAAUGCAGAUACAUUUACAGUAUUGUCGUUGUAUCAUUUAAUAAAUAUUUGAUGGCCAUCAUUACAUUAAGUGUACGUCAUAUUUAUGGUAUUAUGAUGACAUAAAUGUUCUAUAAAUCUCCAUUUAAAUAGGUGGUGGCCAAUGUAAUAGAGUACGCCACACAGUGUUAAUGCAAAACUACAUCUAUAAUAUAACAAGUAUUAUUAUAAGUAUUAAAAAGACAUUUUAAUGUGUAGAAAAGCGCUACAUUAAUUUAUAGGUAUGCCACUGAGACAAAGUGUGGUAAUCUGACAACGGGCUGAACGAAAGCUGUUAUUCCUGUUGAUAGGGACAAGGUUUGUGAGGCUCACUUUGUUUAUGCUGAAUUCUAGUUACAAUUUAUUUGUUAUUUUGAGAAAAUUUAAAAAUAAAUUAAUAAAUAGAUUUAUGUAUAUGCAUUCCACUUUCAGCACGAUAAUAGCCUGUAGAGUAAUUUUUUUUUCUUUUUUUCUUUCCUUGUGUCUUUGAAACAAAAUAAUGAUAGGGCUUCAAAUUACUUUGAUUUUGUUGUUAAUACAUAUCUUAAAAGGCUCUCUAAAGCUCCUCCGUCCAUCAGACAUUCAAUUGUUUACAUAUUGGAGAUUUUAUUUUCUAAGUGUUCGUCGGGGCUUUAGCGUCCGCCUUCAUUUUGGUGACUUCUUAGCACCCAAACAACAGUGCACGCGCCGAAAAUACAGUUUAUCCACAAAGGUCCUCCUAUUAGGUGCCUCCCGUUAACUCCUCUGCUUUCCUUCGCCAAUGUGUAUGCACAGAAGAGUGCUUGCUGUCAGCUCUGACCAAUGCAAUUCUUAUGAAUGAUUUUAUAGUCUUUAAAUUGUUGAUUUGUUGUUGUAUAUUGUUGGUGACGGUUUAAUUUUUGAAUGGUAAACUGAGUACUGAAUGCUCACGUGUUUUGAUUUUCUCUGCGAACGCCUUAAACUCUAUGCCAGGAUGAUAGACAAUAUUCCACCUGAGAUCCCAAGAAAGCUACUUUAGAACUACUAGAAGCUACUUUACUUUAUAGAAGCUAAUUUCCUUGGAAUACUGGCUACUGAUACUUACUCAGCUGAACUUGUAAUAGGCACUGUCAAGCAUUCAUUACAGAAUAGGCCUUUAUGGCAUAAUAAAUUGGUUUAUUCAAUGCAUAAUAUACCAUUGUGUGUAUUGUUUUACCAUAAGUUCCUAUAAAUGAGCUAUUUCAAUUAUUUGUACAAAUAGUACUUAAUAAAUUAAGAACUUUAAACAAUGGGACUUUUGUCUUACGGUU